UUAGAUUACAAGAGCGCCCAUUCUACGAAAUACGAGGAUUCCCCCUAUUUUUGCGGAGGAGCAGGAGGACACGCCCUUUUCCUUUCACGUUCUUCAACUGAAGUUUUUAGGGGUGUGUCUCCCCCGUCCCCCAAAGCAACUUGGUUGCUUUAUUUUUAUGACUAUAUAUUAUAGAAGGAUCUGAGCGGAGUUAUUAGAAAGUGGAGGAAACUGUUUUCCUUGUCACACAAACUUUUUUUUAAUGUUUCAAAUGCAACCAAGCAAAAAUGGAUACCAAAAAGACUUACAAAGGGGUUCAGGAGUUUCCCCAAAUACAAUCCAUUUCUCUCCCCGUAAAACAAUCGCAACCCAAGCCAAGGAUUAAAGGUUGUGUUUGACAAUAGCCAAACGGUUCCGCUAAGCAUCCCUGUCACGGAACAGAUUAGGGUCCACUUGAUUUUCUGAACAUCAUCAUAGAACUACCGUUGUGCUAUGAACAAAAACGAGGUCAUUAGCCAGGUUAGGUAAAUCUUGAAAGCUGUAUACGGGAUGACGGAAUAUGCUAUUUCCUGAUCGCUGGGUAAAGCUGCCGACGAUAGCAAGAAGAUGAUAGCUCCAACGAGACGAAAUAAGUUCAGAAUGAAUAUACCGUCACAUCCAAGCAGCAGAAUCAGUUCGUUGUUCGCGGCCAAUCCAUGAAGAAUUGAUAUCCCAUGUCUUACAGGAAAACGUCGUGAACUUUUAUUGGUGAUGAACGCUUGGAAAUGGAGUAUGUCGAUGAGUGGAAUGCCGAAUGCCAUCUCCAAACAUCGUUCUAAAAAGAGUAGCGUGUGCGUCGAAGUGAGAUCUAGGGGUUUAUGCCAUCUUAGAAAUGAAACCGUAGUGAUGAUCAUCGAAAAUGCAAGUACCAUUGCAAGAAACAGUUUCAGUAGGAAUUUGUUCACACCUUGUUUAAUUUUAUCAUUGAUCUGUAAGGGUAAGCAUUCUGUGUCGGUCUGUGAUCUGGCAUCACGCCUGAUGCAAGAAAAGUUUCUGUAGCUUAUUUUCUUUGAUAGCAAGAAAGAGAUCCUUCUCCACAUCGAGUUGGAAUUCUGUUUAGGCAUACAUUCAAAUGGUGGUGCGGCACAUGGUGACAGUUUCACUUCUGCAAAUUGAUGAUAUAGAGGACAGUUCUAAGCUCAGACGGGGCAUUCCAGUAGCACACAGUAUCUAUGGUAUAGCACAAACUAUCAACUCGGCCAACUAUAUAUAUUUCCUUGGCCUGAAGGAAGUAAUGCAGUUUGAUCAUCCUGAUGCAAUGACAAUAUUUACAGAGCAGCUAGUCUUAUUGCACCAAGGACAGGGUAUGGACAUCUAUUGGAGAGACUCCUAUACAUGCCCCACAGAGGAAGAAUACAAAGAGAUGGUCAUAAAGAAAACUGGAGGUUUGUUCGGUUUAGCUGUCAGGCUCAUGCAACUUUUCAGCACAAACAAAAGUGACUUCAAACCCUUGAGUGACAUCUUGGGCCUGUACUUCCAGAUCCGAGAUGACUAUGCCAACCUCUGCUCCAGGCAGUACACUGAGAACAAGAGUUACUGUGAGGACCUCACCGAGGGCAAGUUCUCCUUCCCUUUGAUCCAUGGGAUCCGCAGUCGACCCGAGAACACACAGGUUAUGAGUAUCCUAAGACAGAGGACGGAAGACAUGGAUGUCAAGAAAUACUGUGUAGACCUGCUAGAAAAGUUUGGUUCAUUUGAAUAUACAAGGACAGUGCUCUUUGAUCUAGAAAAGCAGGCUUAUCAACAUAUAACAAACCUAGGAGGAAACCCCAUCUUAGAAUCCAUCUUGGAAGAACUUGGAAAACUCAUACGGCAUAGGGAUCAAUGACGUUUGUCCACCUGUAACAUCUGAACUUCCAUCUAUGACCGUCGUGUGUUAUUACAGGUGAAUCUACCAAUGUCAAAUCUCUUUGGAACACUGAAAUCUGUUUGACUUAGGUACAUUUACAUACUAAUUUAAAUAAUACAUGAUUUGCAUAUUCUGGUGUGAAAAGAAUACUUUUACUGAGGCGAUUCUUCGACUUAUGGAAGGUCUACUUAAAGCAGUUCUACUGUAUUUGUAUUGUUAUUUGAUGCCACCAGUGAUUGGUGGUGAUUUUUUUUUACCUUAUGGCUAAGAAAGCAUGAAUGCUUGUAAGCAAGAAACCAGAGGAACGACAGCUUAAGGUCCUCUCUGAGGAACCUGGCAAUGAGGACUAAUGCCUUACCAAAGGGCACUAGCGCACCAAGUAGGAGUCAAACCUGGGUCACCGGAAUCUGAAACCCCUGCUCUACCGACUGAGCUAUCUUUGCCAGUGCAACAGGCAAGAAGUGAACCACCCUUUGCCUCAGGUAUACCUGACCUAGUUGUGAAGAUAGACAAUCUCACCUUAGCUUUCCCUUACUAUACUAUACGACUUGAAAUGUGUGAUUGGUUGUAGUGUAAGGUGGACAUUCAUCUACUGAGGAUCAAUAUUUGACAUCCUAUCUGAGGAACAGAUUCACUGGGCAUCACAUGUAGCUGUCCUAGAGGAAAAAGGCAAAUUGAUACACUGCACAGGCUUCAGUCAUCUGCCUGGGUUUUACGUUGGUGUCUUGAAAGGCUUUUGUAUGUUUUCUUGCACAGCAUUGUUUCAGGAUAUGUCUAUAGUACAAGUUUGGAGAUUCUUAGGACCAAUGCUAGGAUCAGUGUAACAAUAUAAAAAAUGCUUCCUUGGAUCAGGGUCAGUAAAGUUAAUUUGUAUGUGAAGGCAGAGGGGGGGGGGGUGGAGAAGUUACUGUUAGAGUAAUUCAUAUCUCCCAUUGAGAUGUGUGCAUCAUUUUUUUAAAGGAUUUUUUGGCUAAUGUGUUUUUAUUCAUUGGAAAUUGUAAAAUUGUUUUUACAAUAUUUUUGCUGAUCCACUUAGCAUGUACUGAGUUACUGCAAAUAUCGUGCUAUACAGAUUUGCUCUUUGUGUGCUGCAGUUCUAUAAAUUAUCUUUAGAUUUGCAAAGCUUAAGUAAAUCAAAAUCAUGCUGCAAAUAAUUUGAUCACAAUUCAUGUAGUGCAGAAAUUCUGCCAUUUACAAUUGUUUUUCACCAAAGUGAUAACUCAAGAGUGGUCAAAAAGCUAAAUGUAACACCAUUUUUAUGUUGUCCUGUUCUAUUUAGAAAAUUAUGUUUCCCUGUUUAUAGAUGGCCUAUGUGUUUAUGACUGCUCGAAGAUGAAUGUGAACCGAAGACUCAGAUUAAGAUUUUUGAUCUGUAGAUUUUUCUCUUGCCACACGAUCGUUUUGUUCUCGUCAUGUCACUUGACUGCAUGGAAUGUUAACGAUUAGAAGUAAGGAACUAGGUGACCAAUGCAUUGAAGCCUCUCCAAGAGACUUAGUAAUAAGAUCGGUGCUUUGUCAAAGUCUCAAGGGAAUCAACUUGUAAAACUGGUUCAUGAUUUUACAGGAUAUUAGUGCUGAAUAGUAAAGCCUCGUUUUUUUGUGUAAUUGUUAUUGGCUGGGGGGAGGGUGGUGUAAACAGCAUGUGUCGAUCCGUGUAAAUGUAUUUUCUUCCAUAAUGAGCUGUCAGUAAUUUCUUUUGGAUAUAAUUGCUUUGUAGAUAUUUUUUUUAUUUCAAGGUCAAGAUGUCAGAUAUGAAAGGCAAUAGCUACGUUCAUGAAGUAUGCAAAUGGCAAUCACACAUAUUCUUGCCAAAGUGAUUUAAAGCCCCAGUCACAUGUAGAUGCCGGACCACCCAGGACCAGAUCUGGGAUGAUCCGGGGGAGAGAUCCCCGUAAAGGCCUUGGAGGUCUGUGUAGGUUCAUAAACGUCCGGGAGACCAAACGGCAGUUUUGUGGAGGUCUAAAACAUCUGACGCCAUCUGUAGACUGCUGUGUUGGCAGGGCAAUUCGGGACGGUCCCUGUAGCUGCCGUGUUGGUACAAGUUGACGCCCUGAUGGUUUGUGUAGAUGCCGUGCUCUUCUGCCAUGGUCCAUGUAGAUCCAUUAUGUAGAUGACAUGUUGAUACCGUGUGUACAGUCAUCAGCACUCGUCGGCGUUCAAUCCGGGGCAAUACUAUCCUGGACUGCCCUGCAUCAUGCUGGCAUUAUCCGGGAAUUGUACAUCCUCGAGUGAUUUUAUUUAACUUAGGCUUUACAUGUAAAUCAUGAUGUGACUGCAUAAAAUGCUGGCUUUAUUCUAUUCCUGUUUUGUCUUUGUUUUCUCUGUAUCACUAUAUUUUCAUCUCAUUUUUCCUUUUGUAGUUUUUCUCAAUUCAGGCAUUUGUAUGUUCAUAAUUGCUGUUAAGAUCCAAAGACACUACAAUGAAGUGCUAUUUAAAUCAUGCUAAAAAUAUAUUAUUAUCAUUUUGUAUUUCCAUGUUCCUUCUCUUUACUACUACAUGUAUAUGAUUAAUUCCUUUUUAUUCUUACUCUCUGAAAUAAAGAAAGAAGGUUUAUAAAUAUCAUGACACCAGGUGAUAUUCACCUUAAAGGGGAAUCCAACCCAAAUAAAAACUUGUUUUUAUAAGGAAAAGAAAAAUCAGACAAGUUGAUAGGUGAAAGUUUGAACAAUAAAGGACAAACAACAAGAAAGUUAUGAAUUUUUAACAGUUGUAAAUAUUGGUAAUCACUAUACCCAUGGAGACUUCAAAUUGGCCGCAUAUUGGAUGUCAAAGUGAUGUAAGGCAAGGACUACUCUUCCAUGUACUCCAAUGACAUAUUAUGGCUAAAAUGUCAUUUUUCCAAAAAGUUUUAUUUCAAAUUUUAUUUUUCUUUCAUGAGGACAUAAAACAAUAUACUACCUGGGUUAUAUUUAUAUUACUGCCCCAGGGGAAUGGGUAUUUAGGAGAAAACCACAAAUCCCUGAUAAUAAAGUACAUGGCCUAUGGGAAAGUUGUCCUUGCCCCUUGUCAUAAUUUACUUACCCAGUUGCCAAUUUGAAAUCUACAUAGUAUUAGUGAUUUCAAUUUUAAAGCAGCUAUAACUUUCUUAUUGCUUGUCCGAUUUCUUUCAAACUUUCACCAUUCUGUUUAAUUUAUUUUUCUCCUUCCCAACACAACAUUUAAUGGCCAAGGCUGGAUUCCCCUUUAAGGCUUUAGUUAAUUAAAUAAUUUCAAAUUAAAAUGACAUGAUGUUCCUAUUUUAAUUUUGUUUAUAUACAUGAAAUAUAACUUCUUUAAUAUGUGGUAAUUAGUUAGGCUAUAUCUUUAUUUGGGGUCACUUGGGAUUAACUUGCCUUUCAAAAAAAAAAUCCCUUAACCCAGGAAAUUUAAUACCAAACAAAAUUUCAAGUUAUUCACCUCUGAUUUUUCUGUAUUUAAAAGUGAUUUUCAAAUAAAAUAUCCUUCAUAUCUAAAGGUUGAUGCACAGUUCAUGCAACAUCACAUUUUUUUUUUAAUAUUAAGAAUAGUGGACUGUGACUGUGUGUAGGAGCUUUAUCAAAAGACAAUUUAGAGAUUAAGAAUAGAUUAUGACAGACAUUUAUCUUUAAUAACGUCUAAUGCAAGUUUCAAGAGGAAUUUGAAUUCUGUACGGGCAUGAAUAUGAGUUUUCGAGCGGAAAGCGGUUUAUUUAAUACAAGAAACGUGCAAUCACUUGCAAGUCAAUUUUAGGUUCCAAACUCACUUUUAUGUCUAGCAAUUAUGGUUUGUUUCUUGGAAUGUAAUUGUAGUGUAGUAAGUUUGUUUUGGUUUUAGUCACAAUUUUAAAUCAAUAGCAAGUACAUUUCUUCCUAAGCCCAGUAUGUCUAGGAAAGCAGGGUCUUUAUUAAAGCGAAACCAGUACUAAAUGAUAUGUCCGAAAUAUAUCUUGGACUCGAAAAAGAUUAUUGCGGUACAGCGGAUUAAGAAUUUGAAAAAAAUUACGCUUCAGGAUUUUAGAAAAACAAUGAUGAGGCUAUUCAU